AGCAAUCAACUUUACUCGCACUUAUCCAUAUCACUCAAUGACAUUUCUGAUCUCUCCCAUUCUUUCUUUUAUUAUGCUUUUCAUUCACUCCUCUCUCCAACUCAAGAUACAUCUUUUAUUGAAAAGAAGCUAACAUAAUACUUCAACCUAAAUACAUUAAGAGUACUUGUUAAUAUAAUUUGGAUUAGUGGCUACCUUUUUCCAUCUUGUUUGUUCUCUCAAAAAAACUUCCCCAUUUCGUUUCAACAAUGUCGGACAAUAUCCCAUUUUCAUCCCAACCGAAAAAAGCUUUUCACCAAAGAAACGGUUCAGACGAACUUGAUGUGUUUGAGGCCACUCGCUAUUUCUCGGGGGUCAGUGAAAGCUUUACUGGCACCCACAAAAACAUCAGUAACGAAUCCAGGAAUUUCAGUAUCACAACACAAAAGCAUUGCAUGAGGCCUUUUGGAAGAAUGAGUCUUGACAUGCCAAAAGGGGGGAAUCCCAUUCCCCUACAAGCCAUGUUAUUGGAGAAUCCUAUUAUGAUCAACAAAGAGAAGAAGUUCAAGCAACCAAGCUCACCGGGAGGAAAGUUGGCUCAUUUCUUGAAUUCCCUAUUUAACCAAACAUCUUCAAAGAAAUCAAAGUCUAAAACAAAAUCAACAAAGGAUGAAGAUGAGAAUCCAAGUGGUUGGAGAAGGAAGAGAAGAAGUAGCAUUAGCCAUUUUAUGACUUCAAACACAUCCACCACCUCCACCAACAUGCAUUAUUCCGAUUCGAAAUCUUUAUUUUCAACCUCGUCAAGCUCGGGCUAUAGAACACCACCAACUUAUCAAGUAGCACACACACCCACAAAGACCUCAAGCUAUAAAGACCACUUUAAAGCCUAUUCGUAUCUCAAGCCUCCACAAAGUCAAAUUACAAAAGCACCCAUCAAUGGAAAUAUCAACAAAAUUGACAAUGCCAGCCAAAAGUGUGACUUCAUUGAGAAAAACACGACUUUUGGGAACGGGUUUGUGGAGAAAGUAAAGAUGUUUGAUGAAACACAAGAAGACCAUUAUCAAUCUCAUAAUAAGUGUAUACAGAAAGAAGAUAUUCAAGAAUUCAAGAGGUUUAAUGACGACGAAGAUGGAGACAGCGAUUCAAGUUCUGAUCUUUUUGAGUUAGCUAGUUGUGAUUUUGGUUAUAGUUCAAGUGGUUUACCUGUUUAUGAAACUACACAUAUGCAUAGUAUCAAGAGAGGUGCACCUAUCUCAAGCUAAGUGUGUGUAUGCAUGUUUGUAAUCAAAAUUGUGGUAAAUUAAUCAAAAUAUAUGGUAAAUUUAUCAAUAAUAUCUCUUUGUUUAUUCGUGA